AUGAAUUCAACUGUCUCAAGGAAGCAGAUCCCCUCACUUAAAAAUAAUCAUUCAUUGCAAAACCUUAAGAUCUAACCUCUCAGAAUCAGAGAAGAAAGGCUUAAGAAAGUAUUUUUAUCUCCAAACAGAAAUAACUCUUGCUUAUCGCCCUCAUAAAAGAACAUCACAUCCUAAAAAUCUUAGAGGAAGAAGAAAAUAGAUGUAGUGACAAGCAAAUAUUAAACCAAUAAUAAUAUACCUUCGAAAACAGAGAAAGAAAUGCUACAGUAGAUACAAAGACAUGUUUAAACUUCUAGGAGAGCCGCAGAGGAGAUAAAACGUCUUGAGAAAAAUAUCAAAAUGUAAUCCAAGUAGUUGAAGAUGCAUUAAGAAGAAUUUGAGCGAAAAGAGUAGCAGACAAAGUUAACCAGAACAAUGACAAUGGGAAGCAUGAUUUCAACAAAUGUCAGUGGCAAUUACCAAAAAGCCCCUUCAGUCAGAUAAAGUUUCAGCAAUAAGAGGGAUAACUCAAUGAAUAAUUCAAGGGUUAGAUUUGCUGAUUAGGAGGAUGCUGGCUCCAGACAUGAAAUAAGCUUCUCCAAGAAAUCCACCGAUUCCAAUAAAAGAGAAAGUAUAAAAAAUAAUUGCUACUACGGAUUUAAAGCAAAAAAUUUAAAUAACACUUACUUCAAUUCGAAUGUAGUCAACAGCUCUAUAUAAUUAUAGAGAAUAGGUUAGAGAGCUGUCAAUAUCUAGAGCUAGAUUGAUAAUCAGAGAAGAAAUAAAAAUGUCAAAUCUUAAAAAAAUGCUGAAUUUAGGAAGUCAUCACUUUCUUAAGCUAGCGCUAGAUCUAGGUCAAGAUCAAAGUCAAAUAAUUCUAUAUCUAGAUAUGGAAUGAACUAAUUAAAGCAAUAUUAAGUAAAAGAGAAUAACUUAUCUACAAAUCAAUCCUAAAUGUCUUAUCUGAUUAUGCAAAAGGAACCAUCAAGAAUAGAGCUGAUGAAAAGCAACCUUAAAUAAUCUCUGGACUUUAUUAAGAAAUAAAAAAAUCAAAGCAAGAAAGACCUUUUGAAAUAAAACAAAGAGAAUAUGCUACUUUCAAAUGAGAAAAAUUAAAAAAUUAAGAAGUGCAUUGAUUAGUUUAGUCCAGUACUUUAGAUAUCUAUUGAAAAAUCAUAGAUCCAUCAAACUUAGCUCAGCAAGAUAUUUAGCUAGUAAAAUCUCUUUUCUCCCGUUAGUAUGAUUAAAGGUAAAAGAGAUUAUGAUUGCGAUUUAUUCUCAAACAAUGAAAGCUUGUACAGAACUACUGAUCCAUCAAGACCACUUUAAGAAGUUUUAAAUUAUAAAGAAAAAAAUCAAAACGAAAUAGACAGACUUAGAUAACUUAGAUAAAUAAGCAAGACUAACUUGAAUGUUUUCAGCUGCACUAAAUAACCAUAAGUUAAAAAGAAAUUUAUGAACUAUAUAUGCGAAUCAAGUGAUAGCGAUUCAACCACUAAUGAGUUCAGCUCAAACUAUAUUUGA